UGUGUGCGUUGAAUUUGAGUGCUUUAAAGAAAUUAAAAAAAAAAAACUAAAUAAAAAGAAACCAAAAUAAAUAUACGUUUAGAACUUAAAAUUACAACUAAAUUAACAACAAGAAAGGCAGCGCAAAACAGCGACAGAAGUGUUUGAAGUUCGGUGCUUGAGUUGUCCUAAACACAGUCGCUCAACAAAAGCUCACACAGAUAAGCAACCUCUUAAAAAAAAAACAAAUCCUGUUUAGUUGGCUGAUCUUGUGCAGAACAGAAGAGUAACAAUAUUGUUUUUUUCAGUGCAAUAUCGUAGUUGUGGGUAUUACGAAAGCAAAUGUAAUUCUUUCGUUAAGUUGUAAAUGUAAUUAUAUGAUGUUAAGCGCAGACUUGUAAUACUGCUACAAUCCUAACAGUUGUUGAGUUCUUGUAUGAAUAACAUACAUAUGUUAAGCAAAAGAUGUUAAGUUGUAAAAUAAUCAAAAGAUAUUAGCCAGAUCUUAAUUUUUGACGUAAGCUAACAGAUAUCAAAUAUGUUAUUUCAAGUAUAGUACUACAUAUACAUAUAGUACUGUAUAUCUCAAAUACACCAAGCCGAUGUUGCGGUAUUACAAGGCUAACCGCUGUUAAACUAGAAAGGAAACUUGCUUCAACUAAAACUUAAUUUAACAUUCAGUGAAUUCACUUCGCUUCUUUAAUUGCUAAUCUUAAGCUAUAUUAAAUAUUUUUGUAUUUCCACAAGUUUUGACCCCCAUUGGGAUCAAAAUAUUUGUUGAAAAUACGUGCUAAAUUCAUUUCAUAAUUUAUGUAAACGAAUUACCUUUUGAAUGCCCACAAACGGAAGCCAACUAAACAAAAUUUGUUUUGUGCAUUCAUAGUUAAGCCAUAUAUAUGUAAAAUGCCCUAUUUAACAAUACGAACUGGAUAAUUGAAUAAACCUUGUAUAUAAUUUAGCGUUAUGCCCGUAUAUAUCGAAAUACAAGCUACUUAUAGAACGUGAAGACUUGCAUAUAGUUGACAGGCGCAAGGAUUUGUAAAAUAGCAAAGCAGCAAACAAAACAAAACGAAAGGAAAAUACGGACUAGAAGGAUAUAUUGCUAAAGGGGGAAUGUAUUUUGUUUCUUAACCAUUUAUAAAUUUGUUGAGUACAUUUCUAAUGCUGCGCCACAAAUUGCAUUCAACAUACAUGCACACACACACAUACACACGUAAUUUACAACAAAUAAUGAUAAUUACAAAAUAGAGUUACAAGUGGGUUUAAAUAAUACGCAUAAAAACAAAACAACAAAAACAAAGGAAAAAAAAAAACUACCAGAAAAGUCUUCUUGCGUUUUUUUCCACAUAAGUAAAGGUUUUUUUUUUUGUUUUAGCCUAAAGAUACUUUUUUAUAUAACAAAUAUAGUUAAAGAAGCGCCUACAACAACAUAAGCAACAACAGCAACCAUAUACACAACACACAAUAAAGUUAUUUGUUAAUAAUAAUUGUACUGUAUUUGCCAUUUGUGAGCAGCUUUUGCAUACAUAUUUAUUUUAGUGCUUAAUUUUAUAAACGAGACGUGAAAUGGUUUCCUUUUUUGCAUUGGAGCAGCUGAGCGCCGGACACCCUUCACACCCCCUCCUUUCCCCUUCACCAGACCCUCCUAAGAACUUACGUACGUACAUAUUGCAUACAUAUAAAGAAACUGAAAACAAAGUGAAUGAAGAAAUAAUAUAAAUAUAUCCUUCCAUGUUGUUGUUUUUGUUUGUUUCAACUGAACUGCAACAAUAAACGUAAAUAACGAGAAAUUUUUGCAUAAACAGAAAAUACAAAACAAACUAUAGUUUAUUACAUAGUAUUUAUAUAUAGGCAAGUGUGUAUUUGUAUAUGAUAUGCUGUCUAAUACCCUCUAAUCCUAACUCACACACACACACACACACAUACACGAUACCUAACAUACGAUACAUACAUAUAUAAUUUGAAACAUCUCUAUAUUAUGAUUGAGUAUAAUUAAAAAUCAUAGUUUUUAAUAGUUUUUAAACAAGCAAAACAAAAAAGAAGAGAAAAAAAAAAUACAAAAACAUCAAUUGCAAAAAAAGUCUCCUAAUGGUUUUUCUUUUCUAAUUUGGAAAUGGAAAUGCGGGUGUGGGCAUGGAGUGGGUGCGAAGCUAGUUGUCCUGGCAACCACUGCAAGGAGCCAAACAUUGCGCACAAGCUGACGACAUUUUUAGCUUGAAUUUGUGGAACGAUUUGAUUUUCACAGUCAUUGCGUAGCGUUCGCUCUGGGAUAAUGGCCGCUGAAGAUUCUUGGGUAUUCGAUUCUCUGGUUUGCUUUUUGCACGGACCUGUCUGGAAUGCCCCGUUGCAGACAUUCAUCGAGCAAAAGUCCUUGGUCUUUGAUCCCAACUUGCAGCUGGACGAGAACAACGAGGAUAUACGCCAGAUCCACGAGGAGUACAAGAAUCUGGUGGACUUUAUGCUGGGCAGCUUCAUGGAGGAGAUGCACAUAACGCCGGAACAGUUCGAGAUGGCCUGCCUUGAGGGCCGUCAGCAGGGCCCGGGCGAGAAUCCAUUUCAAUUCCAUCACGUGCUCUUUCAGCAGAUCUGGGCUGCAAAUGAUCUGAAGAUCUUUAUACGCAUGAUGACCCAGCGCAAUGUGGAGCUGCAGCUGCAGGCGUUGGAUCUCAUUGAGAAGCAUCAAUUGGCGCGCACAGCUUCUGCGGAGCCAGAGGAAGCAGACAGUGCAGCGGCUGCAGAUGCCAGCAAUGGCGUGGCUGACUUGGAUGUAGAUGCACUGAUUGCCAAAACGGUGGCCAAUGAGCUGGAGAGUCCAGAGGCUGGCCUAACGCCUGAGCAGGAUGCCAAUUUGGAGCUGGUGAACGAUAAGUUUCAGCGUCUGAAUCUCUUCUUCGAGCAGGAGGAUAAGGUGGAUCCCAAUGAGAUCAUCUCGCGCCAACAAUAUUUGCGCCAGCAGCGCGACAAGAUCGUGGAGAUCAAAAAGCAAACACGCGCCAAGCAGCUGCAGGAGACGGUGGCGCGCAACACGCCGCAGCUGCCGCUCGAGCCAGGCGCACGUCCCAGCUCUGCGCAGGUGGCGCAGCAGCUGCUCGAGAAUGUGGAGCUGGGCAAGUCGCCCGAGGCGGUGGACGAGGCGGACAAUGCGGCGCUGCAGCUGCGACGCACGCUGGCCAAAAGACUGCGCAGCGAAGUCGUGGAGCACAAUUGAGUGUGGGAAGAAAAAGAGGCUAUCGUAAUUAUUUGGAGUUUAGUUUUAUUUAUUAUUUAUUGCAAGCUUUAUGGCCAAUGUCUUAACCGAGUGCGUCGUGUGUGUGUGUGUGUGUAUGUGUUACCCAAACGCUGACUAGUUCACUUGUGUAUGUGUGUGUUACAGGGUGUUCGUGGUUAAAUGCUACAAGGUACUACGCGCUUCUGACGUCCACACACACACACACACGCACACACACAACUAAUGUGCGUGUAUGUGUGUGUGUGUGGGCGCUGCUUUAAUUUAGUUUAGCUUUUGUCUCGGUAUCAACACAACAAUAGUAAUAAAUCUCCGCUUAGCACAUGUGCUAAACAAUUUAAAUUAAU